GACCUUUUUUCCACCUACACCUCCAACUUUUCUCCUUACUUCCCCUCUUUUUGUACUGAUUCUGCUUUGCACUGGGUAUCUGAUUUUGGUUGAUGACUUCUGAAGUUGAUUAGUUCGUUCCGGAGUUCUACUGUAGCAGAUUUUCUAUUUGAGAAAUGGCUGGUUCUGAUAAAGAUGAGAUACCAAUGCUCUUCGAUACCCCUCAGCAGCGUUCAAAUGACAAUCCAGAUUCUCGAUUUCAAGCAUUUAUUUCCAGGACACAGGAUGCUUCAGUUUCCAUUCCAACGAACUCCAUAGAGUCUUAUGAAAGUACUCCUAACCUUUUAGGCCAUACUGGUCCCCUGCGGAAUGAAAGAAGGACUCCAUUCAUACAGAUGAGUGGUCCAUUAUAUAUUACCCGGAAUCCUGAAAAUUCUUAUCUAGGUGUGAUGGGUCAGAAACAAGUUGAACCUAAGGCAGAAAAAUUUCCUUCUUUUAAUGGAAUGGAUCAGAGUGAAUGGUCAGAUGAGAACAAUGCGGGCAAAAAUGAACAUUUACUGAGGUCUGGACAAUUGGGAAUGUGCAAUGAUCCUUAUUGCACAACUUGCCCAACAAAUUUCAAUGCAGUGCAACCAAAAUACUCAAAGCCUUCGGCUAUCUUUGAUCCAAAGUUCCAUAAUGCUCUUUAUGGGGAUGCUAAAGGUUGGGCUAGGAGAUUUAUGUCUUCUUUGCGUUCAUAUGUUCUUGGAGUCAUGAAUCCUCAUGCUAAAGUUGUUCAACAAUGGAACCAGUUUUUUGUCAUUUCAUGCUUGGUGGCAAUCUUUGAGGACCCGUUGUUUUUUAUUUUGCUGUCUGUCCAGCAGGAUCAUAAAUGCAUAGUUAUUGAUCGGAAAUGGACUUUAACACUUGUGGAAGCUUAAGGGGAAAGAUUUAUCUUGGAUAGUUUGUUUGGAAGUUGGUAACUUUUGUAAGAAAUUUUUUAAAAAUUGCUGACUUUCCUUUGUUUGGUGAGAAGUUGACAUUAAACUUUACUGUAGAAAACUUGCAAAGACAGUCCUAGAAUCCUAGUGGGAGAUGUUGCAGGAGAGUUUGGGAGGAAAAAUUCCUAUCAUGAGAAUUGCAGUGAAGGGCAAAAAUGGGACAAAAUGUCAAAUUUGCCCUUUAUUUGGCAUGAGGCACAUAUGUCAAUGCCUUUUUUGAUUGUUUUUUAAGAUUUGCAUAUAUGCUUUGUGUUCACGUAGUCUUUUUUACAUGUCGAAAUUGUUUAUGAAGCCGUGCUCCUUCCAACAUGCUUUGCUAUUCUAAUGCAUAAUAUACUUCAAAUGAGUUGUCCAGAUGCUUCAGUAAAUCACAUAAUCCCAUGCACUGCAUCCAAAUAAGUGCAGUCCUGCAUUGUUUGAUCAUGCUAUGAUUUUAUUGAUGUCCUGGUAAUUAGCUUUAUCAAUAUCUCAUACCUCCAGUGGCUUUCCACCAUCACUCAAUUUAUUAUUUGCAUGAAUAGGCUUCCUUGUAGUUUGAAUUUGUUCCAGAAUAAUAGUUGUAUAGAAAACUUAAACCAUGACUCCUAAUAGGAUUCUUAAUGAAAAAAUAUCAAAUCU